CUGAAGCCACGCUGCCGCAAUGUGCUGGGCAGGUACUGUGCGAGAGAAGAGCCUAGUAUGUACAGUAGUUGUUUUUAAGUGAGACAGGAGGAGAAACGACUUAAAAAAAAUCCAGUCGCUUGGAGAGAGUGAAAGUGUCCUGGCUUUGAGGGCGACGCCUUAUGGAUUACCUGCCCACAGAGCGUAACAAAGACAAUGAAAACAAAGGCUCGAGACAAAGUCCUGAAGAAGAACUGAAGAGACAACAAAGGAAGACACAUACUGGUGUUUAAAGAGAGUGAAAAAGCUGCUUUUACUGUAAAGCCUUGAUGGACGUGAGAAAGGACGUGAGUAAGGCUGACUCCAAUAUCAUGGAGAAAAGAAUUGCACUUAUUAAGGAGGAGGACUAUGAAUGGGACUGUGUCCACCCUAAACAUGAGAGUCUGGGCAUUAAGGAUGAGGACAGUGAACUGGGGUCAGUGGGCAUUAAAAAACAGGGUGAAGAGAAGUCUGCCAGCCCAGAGAUGCACAAAAAUAAAAUAACGGAGAGUGUCAAGGAAGACAGACUUCAUUAUGGGUGUCAAGAUGGAGUGAAGACUGACUUUGACUCUUCUGAAAGCAGACGUUCAUCACCAGAGCCGCUUAUCAAUGUGAGCUCUGAAACGUUACAUUCUGACACAAAGGGAACUGAGGAAGUUAAAAUUCAGGAAGAUGGGCCAUCAUCUACAAAGACGUUUAUGCAAAGAGACAAACCUCACUGCUGUUCUGAAUGUGGCAAACAAUUAUCAAGCAAGAGUAACCUUUCAAGGCACAAAAGAAUUCACAUAGGAGAGAAACCUUAUUGCUGUCCUGAAUGUGGUAAGUGGUUUUCAGAAAAGCGCAGGCUUCAGGGCCACCGAACAAUUCACACGGAAGAAAAGCCUUUUUGCUGUCCUGAAUGUGGCAAGCAGUUUUCAAAAAGGAGCUAUCUUCAGAGCCACCAAGGAAUUCACACGGGAGAAAAGCCUUAUUGCUGUUUUGAAUGUGGCAAGCAGUUUUUAAAAAAGAACCAUCUUCUCCACCACCAAAGAAUUCACACAGGAGAAAAGCCUUAUUGUUGUUCUGAAUGUGGCAAGUGGUUUUCGAAAAAGAACCAUCUUCAGAGCCAUGAAAGAGUUCACACAGGAGAAAAGCCUUAUUGCUGUUCUGAGUGUGACAAGCAGUUUUCACAUCAAAGCACUCUUCGGCGGCACCAACGAAUUCACACGAGAGAGACAGAAGAGAGAGACACUGGGACUAUGGAGCAGGCUUUCCUGACAUGUUUCUUCAGAGAAAAAGAAAAAGCUGCUGUUCGCUAUAGCAUCUCGAUGGAUGUGAAACAGGAGACCUGUGAUAAGGACACAAAUUUCAUGGAGAUACCUUUAAAUAUUAAGGAGGAGGACUGUGAAUGGGAGCCCAUCUACACUAAACAGGAAAGUCUGAGCAUCAAGGAGGAGGAUAGUGAACUGCAGUCAGUGGACAUUAAAGAAGUUGUUGAAGAGACGCCUGUUAGUAAUGACCAUAACCAUGCAAAUUUGAUGAGUAUUGAGGAAGGCGUUCUUUACGAUGGGUUUCAAGAUGUGAUGGUGACAGGGUUAGACUCUUCUCAAAGCAGGCACUGUUCAUCUCCAGAGACUUCUAUUAAUGUGAUGUCUGAAUCAUUAGAGUCUGAUACAAAGAGGGCUGAGGAAACUACAUCUGUUAGAACUCAGGAAAAUCACCCACCAUCUACAAGGAAGUCUGGAAAAAGAAACAAAGAUCACUGCAAUGUGGAAUGUGGCAGAGAAUUCUCUGGCAGGAGUGAUCUUCAGAAACACAGUAGAAUUCACACAGGAGAGAAGCCAGAUAAAGAAAAAGCUGCUGUUCGCUAUAACAUCUCGAUGGAUGUGAAACAGGAGCCCUGUGAUGUGGACAUGAAUAUCAUGGAGAUACCUUUAAAUAUUGAGGAGGAGGACUGUGAAUCAGAGUCCAUCUACACUAAACAGGAAAGUCUGAGCAUCAAGGAGGAGGACGGUGAAUUGCAGUCAGUGGGCAUUAAAGAAGAACAUGAAGAGAAGUCUGUCAGUAUUGAGAUGCAUAACAAAGAAAAUUUGAGUGUUGAGGAAGGCGUUCUUCAUGAUGGGUUUCAAGAUGGAAUGGUAACAGGGUUAGACUCUUCUCAAAGCAGACACUGUUUAUCUCCAGCGUCUUCUGUCAAUGUGAAGUCUGAAUUAUUAGAGUCUGAUGCAAAGGGGGCUGAGGAAACUACAUCUGUUAGGACUCAGGAAAAUCCGCCACCAUCUACAACGAAGUCUGGAAAAAGAAACAAAGGUCACUGCAAUGUGGAAUGUGGCAGAGAAUUCUCUGGCAGGAGUGCUCUUCAGAAACACACUAGAAUUCACACAGGAGAGAAGCCAUAUUGCUGCAAUGAAUGUGGUAAACAGUUUUCACAUAUAGGUAGUCUUCAGAGCCACACAAGAAUUCACACUGGAGAGAAGCCGUAUUGCUGUAAAGAAUGUGGUAAACAGUUUUCACGAAUGAGCAGUCUGAAUUACCACACUAGAAUACACACAGGAGAGAAGCCAUAUUGCUGUAAUGAAUGUGGUAAACAGUUUUCAGAAAUGAGCAACCUUCAGAAACACGCUAGAAUUCACACAGGAGAGAAGCCAUAUUGCUGUAAUGAAUGUGGUAAACAGUUUUCACAUAUAGGCAGUCUUCAGAGACACACUAGAGUUCACACUGGAGAGAAGCCGUAUUGCUGUAAUGAAUGUGGUAAACAGUUUUCACGAAUGGGCAGUCUGACAUACCACACUAGAGUUCACACUGGAAAGAAAAUGUAUUGCUGUAAUGAAUGUGGUAAACAGUUUUCACAUAUAGGAAGUCUUCAGAAACACACUAGAAUUCACACUGGAGAGAAGCCGUAUUUCUGUAAUGAAUGUGGUAAACAUUUUUCACAAAUAAGCAACCUUCUGACACACACAAGAGUUCACAACAGAAUAAAAACAGUAGCAGUUAAAUGCGCCUCAAAAUCACGUGACGGGCGCAUUCGCAACAAGCCUCGAAGCGGCACAUCGAGCUCCAGUGCUUCGAAAGCUCAUUAUCGAGCGGCACAUUACCACUGGUUGGUAAUUCAGGUGGAAGACACGGAACGUGAAAGAGAUAAAGAAAAAGCUGUUGUUUACUGGAACAUCUCAACGGAUGUGAAACAGGAGACCUGUGAUGUGGACAUGAGUUUCAUGGAGAAAACUGUAAAUAUUAAGGAGGAAGACAGUGAAUUGGAGUCAGUGGGCAUUAAAGAAGAACCUGAAGAGAAGUCUGUCAGUUUUGAGAUGCAUAAUCAUGCAAAUUUGAUGAGUGUUAAGGAAGGCAUUCUUCAUGAUGGGUUUCAAGAUGGAGUGGUGACAGGGUUAGACUCUUCUCAAAGCAGACUCUGUUCAUCUCCAGAGAAUUCUGUCAUUGUGAAGUCUGAAUCAUUAGAGUCAGAUACAAAGAGGGCUGAAGAAACUACAUCUGUUAGAACUCAAGAAAAUCAGCCACCACCUACAAGGAAGUCUGGAAAAAGAAACAAAGAUCACUGCAAUGUGGAAUGUGGCAGAGAAUUCUCAGGCAGGAGUGCUCUUCAGAUCCACAUUAGAGUUCACACUGGAGAGAAGCCAUAUUGCUGUAAAGAAUGUGGUAAACAGUUUUCACAAAUGGGCAGUCUUCAGCUCCACACUAGAGUUCACACUGGAGAGAAGCCAUAUUGCUGCAAUGAAUGUAGUAAACAGUUUUCAGAUAUAAGCAGUCUCAAGAAACAUACUAGAGUUCACACUGGAGAGAAGCCGUAUUGUUGUAAUGAAUGUGGUAAACAGUUUUCACAAAUGGGCAGUCUUCAGCUCCACACUAGAGUUCACACUGGAGAGAAGCCGUAUUACUGUAAUGAAUGUGGUAAACAGUUUUCACAUAUAAACAGUCUUCAGAUCCACACUAGAGUUCACAUGGGAGUAAAGCCAUAUUGCUGUACUGAAUGUGGUAAACAGUUUUCAGAUAUAGGCGGUCUUAAGAGACACACUAGAGUUCACACUUGAGAGAAGCCGUAUUGCUUUAAUGAAUGUGGUAAACAGUUUUCACAAAUAAGCAACCUUCAGAGACAAUCUAGAGUUCACAACAGAAUAAAAUCAGUAGCAGUUCAAUAAUCAGUCUAGAAAAACUAGAACCCUUCAGGCAUCAAGAGUGAGGUUCAAUCCUGUGUUGGUAAGCAUACUAAUCUAUUGUUGAGAAAUUAAUCUCUGAGAGAAGCCAUAUUGCUGUUUGGAAUGUGGCAAGCAAUUUUGUCAGAGGAGUUCUCUUCAGAGACAUACCGAGAUUCACACCGGAGAGAAGCAUAACUGAACUGUCCUGACUAAAGAGUGAGGUUCACUCCUGCUUGGACAGUAAGCACAUGUGUCAAAAACAAAUCAACACAGAGGAGAAUCAGAAAUUUAUUUUGUUUCUGGAAAGGGAAAAAGGAUAUAAAGAACAGGUCGUCUUAUAAACCGCUUCUCACUAAAGGCUCUACAGCCUCCACCAUGCGUCUAGCUCUGUUUUUAUAACAUACAUAUUACAUAUAGAACUAUUACAAUAUAUUAUACAUAUUUCAUCAGAAAAAAAGAAAAAAAAACUCCAAUAUACACAGCCUCACACAAUAAAUAGUUCAGCUUUAUAAUAUUAUAUAUUUUAUUUUUAUAUAAUAAAAAAUAAAAUAACAUACAUUUCCCAAAUAAAUAACAGGGUGUCAUACAAAUAGCUUCUCGCCAAUGUUUAUUAAAUAAUUAAUAAAAUAAAUUACUAAUAAUUAUAAACACAAACUAUUAAUACAUAAUAUAUUCAACUGUAAAAAAAGUUUAAAUCGGAAAUGUACACAUGCUGAAUUAUGUUAGAAUGCUGUGGUAAUACACUAAAAGAAGAAAUGCUAUUGUUUUUUUUUUUGUUACUGAAACAUACAAAACUGUAUAUAAGAACAUAAGUUAUUUAACACUUGAGAAUUACCAAAUAAUAAACAUGUCAAAUAAAUAGAAUAAGAGUAGAAAUUGGGGCUUGGGGAGAGCAGAAAAUGCGACUUACCACUACAACAUCCACCAUGCGUCUGGGAGUUCAUGAAGUCUGUGGGGUGUAACAUUAAUUAGCAUCCCUACUACAAAUACGAUUGGUAUGAUACUAAGUACACAGGAAGAAUUGCUUUUGGGGAAAUUCAUAACUAAAAGCUACAAAAAUAAAUAAACACAUACAUAAAUAAAACAUCUUACUUUGAGACAUUGACUGAUUUGUGCUUCACUGUUUGUUCAAUUGUUUCUGUUACAUGAAAGUGUUCAAUAAAUUAACUGAAAUAAUUUAA